AUGGAGAAGAAGAAAAUUCUAAUGAAAUCCAAAGUUGCUGCUUCCAACCUUCUGAGGGCGCUGCAUUCGCUCUAUCAGUUCGGUCACCUCUGUGAUGUGAGGGUCCAUACGGAGCACCUCGGGAUCCAGGAGGAGUUUCUGGUUCAUAAGGCAGUCUUGGCUGCUUCCAGCAAUUAUUUUAAAGGGCUUUUUCUUCACGGUGAGAUGUUGGAUGCUAAGAAUUGCACCGUGACUCUACAGGACAUUUACACAGAAGAAUUCACCUCCUUUCUGGAAUUUGUCUACACUGCAGAAGUAGAGAUUGACGCAGAAAAGUUGCAUCGGAUGAAGGAGGUAGCCGAGAGACUCGAGUGCAAGGAUUUGCUUGACAUUUGUGAAGAAAUGAAGGCAGAGGGUAGAAAAGCCUUAGAUUUGAGUGUCCAUUUGAAAGGUCAGAUAUGUGAAAAUGGUGGGUCCCAGUGCGCUCGUGUCCAGCAAGCAGAAGACAUUGAAGGGAAUGAUUCUUCCCAAAUUGGGGUGACAUCCAUGAAGAGAAAAUUUUGGGACAGCCAGGAAUGCAGAAAAUUGCUACCAGACUACGAGAUUGUUGAUGGACAACCUGCAAAUCCCAAUAAAGGUGGGACAGAUCUUCCAGAGUCAAAAGCUGGGAUGGUAAAGUCAGACAAACAGAACAAAAUAGAGACAGGUGAGAUGAUUAGCAUGGAUACAGUCAACCCAGAGGAAAAUAAGACAAGCCAUUGUGCCCUAAACCAGUCAAACUCAAAGGAAACCUGCAUAGUGAUUAAAAGUGUGCUUCCUGGCCAGGAGGAGGAUGAAAAUAGUUUAAUUUCUGAGCUCCCCAGUAAAACCGAACGUAGGAAAUCACCUCGCAACGUAUCAAAAGUCUUGCCACAAAUGUACACGUGUGAGAAGUGUAACCAGUCAUUCCAUUUCAUCAAACACUAUCAGUCGCACAUGGAGCUGGAACACGACAUCAACAUAGUGCUCAAACACAGCUGCAAUAUGUGCGACCAGCUCUUCUCGAAUCGCCAGAACCUCAGGCAGCACCGCCUCACGGUUCACAAUGACGAGCGACGCUUCCCCUGCGUGUUUUGUGAGAAGAGGUUCAAGCGCCCGAAGGAUAUAAAUGACCAUAUCCGGAGGGUGCAUGAAAAGAAAAGGAAUCCCCAGGCGUGUCCAUACUGCAACAAGGUUAUCAGCUCCAAAUGCGGCCUGACAGUUCACAUUCGAACCCACACUGGAGAGAAACCUUAUAAGUGUGAACGCUGCCCAGCCAGCUUUGCUCAGAGGUCUGCUUACAAUACCCAUGUAAGGUACAGCAUUUUGUAUGUGUGUGUGUCUGGGCAUUGA